GCAGCUGGAGUUGAGACCCUUGCAGCCUCUGUCUCGCAUCCUCUUAUGGAGUUUCAUCAUGACUCUGUGUCCGCAUACAGAUGUUUUAUUUCACUUCUUUCCCCCUGCAGGUCUUCUGUGCGACCUGCUGUGGUCGGACCCUGAUAAGGACGUACAGGGCUGGGGGGAGAACGACCGUGGCGUCUCCUUUACAUUCGGUGCCGACGUGGUCAGCAAGUUCCUCAACCGUCAUGAUUUGGACCUCAUCUGUAGAGCUCACCAGGUGGUAGAAGAUGGGUAUGAGUUCUUCGCCAAGCGGCAGCUGGUGACCCUGUUCUCAGCUCCCAACUACUGCGGGGAGUUUGACAACGCCGGUGGCAUGAUGAGCGUGGACGAAACCCUGAUGUGCUCCUUCCAGAUCCUGAAGCCGUCUGAGAAGAAGGCCAAGUACCAGUAUGGAGGGAUGAACUCCGGCCGACCCGUCACGCCGCCUCGCACAGCCCAACCCCCAAAGAAACGAUGAAGAUGGACAGACGGACAGAAAGAUGACAAGAUGAUACGAUUGUCUCCUUCUGGCUUUUCACAUUAAAGAAGUAAAAGCAACACUUGGCAGAGAAGGAACCAGAACCCCUCAUUUUAAAAAAACACACCCCACUCUCCAGAAACAACUUUUUUUU